AUUAUAUAAAUAAAACAUCACCGUUUCUUCAGAGAGACAAGGCCUCAGAGGUUAAAAGAUGGGGGAUGCUGCCAUGGCAGAGUUUGGAGCUGCUGCUCCCUUUUUAAGAAAGUCAGAUAAGGAGCGACUGGAAGCUCAGACUCGUCCUUUUGACAUGAAGAAGGAGUGCUUCGUUCCUGACCCUGAGGUCGAGUACGUGAAAGCAACAGUUACAAGUCGUGAUGGUGACAAAGUCACUGCUGAAACUGAAUUUGGAAAGACUGUUACAGUGAAGGAGUGUGAUGUCCAUCCUCAGAAUCCGCCAAAGUUUGAUAAAAUUGAAGACAUGGCGAUGUUCACCUUCCUCCAUGAGCCAGCUGUGCUGUUUAACCUCAAAGAGCGUUAUGCGGCAUGGAUGAUCUAUACCUACUCUGGGCUGUUCUGUGUGACUGUCAACCCCUACAAGUGGCUGCCGGUCUACAACCAGGAGGUGGUUGUUGCCUACAGAGGAAAGAAGAGGAGUGAAGCUCCUCCUCACAUCUUCUCCAUCUCUGAUAAUGCAUACCAGUACAUGCUCUCAGACAGGGAGAACCAGUCAAUCCUGAUUACUGGAGAAUCUGGAGCUGGAAAGACUGUGAACACCAAACGCGUCAUCCAGUACUUUGCCAGCAUUGCUGCUGCGCCAGGGUUAAAGAAAGAUGCUGCUGCUGAGAAGAAGGGCACACUGGAAGAUCAAAUCAUCCAGUGUAACCCAGCUUUAGAGGCUUUUGGAAAUGCCAAAACCAUCAGGAAUGACAACUCAUCCAGAUUUGGUAAAUUCAUUAGAAUUCAUUUUGACAACAGGGGGAAGUUAGCAUCUGCUGACAUUGAGACAUACCUUCUUGAAAAAUCCCGUGUUACCUACCAACUCAAGGCAGAGAGGGAUUAUCACAUUUUCUACCAGAUUUUGUCUCAGGCAAAGCCUGAGUUACUGGAAAUGCUGCUCAUCACCAACAACCCAUAUGAUUACGCUUUCAUCUCCCAAGGAGAGACAACUGUAGCAUCCAUCAAUGAUGCUGAAGAGUUGAUGGCCACUGAUGAUGCCUUUGAUGUGCUGGGAUUUACUCAGGAAGAGAAGAACAGUAUUUAUAAGCUGAUUGGUGCCAUCAUGCACUUUGGUAACAUGAAAUUUAAGCAGAAGCAGCGAGAGGAGCAAGCAGAGGCAGAUGGCACUGAAGAUGCUGAUAAAGUUGCUUAUCUGAUGGGCCUGAACUCUGCUGACUUGAUCAAAGGUCUCUGUCACCCAAGAGUCAAAGUAGGAAAUGAGUGGGUCACCAAGGGACAGAAUGUUGCCCAGGUGUACUAUGCCAUUGGUGCACUGUCGAAGUCAGUGUAUGAGAAAAUGUUCCUGUGGAUGGUCAUAAGAAUCAACCAGUCAUUGGACACCAAGCAGCCCCGACAGUACUUCAUUGGAGUGCUGGACAUUGCUGGAUUUGAGAUUUUUGAUUUCAACACCUUUGAGCAGCUGUGCAUCAACUUCACCAAUGAAAAACUGCAACAGUUUUUCAACCAUCACAUGUUUGUGCUGGAGCAAGAAGAGUACAAGAAAGAAGGAAUUGAAUGGGUUUUCAUUGAUUUUGGUAUGGAUCUCCAGGCCUGUAUAGACCUGAUUGAAAAGCCCAUGGGUAUCAUGUCCAUCCUUGAAGAGGAGUGCAUGUUCCCCAAAGCCAGUGAUGCCACCUUUAAAGCUAAGCUUUAUGACAACCACCUGGGGAAAUCCAACAACUUUCAGAAACCCAGAGUUGUCAAAGGAAAACCAGAGGCCCAUUUUUCCCUGGUUCAUUAUGCAGGAACUGUUGAUUAUAACAUCAACAACUGGCUGGUGAAGAACAAGGAUCCUCUGAAUGAGACUGUGGUUGGAUUGUACCAGAAGUCAACCAUGAAACUAUUAGCUAUGCUUUUUGCCAAUUAUGCUGGAGCUGAGUCAGCUCAAGACUCUAAGGGCGGAAAAGGUAGCAAAAAGAAAGGCUCGUCCUUCCAAACUGUCUCAGCUCUGCACAGGGAGAACUUGAACAAGCUGAUGACCAACCUGCGGUCCACCCACCCUCACUUUGUGCGCUGUCUAAUCCCCAAUGAGACCAAGACUCCUGGGGCCAUGGAGAACCCUCUGGUGAUGCACCAGCUGCGCUGUAACGGCGUGCUGGAAGGCAUCAGGAUCUGCAGAAAGGGCUUCCCAAACAGGAUCCUCUACGGGGAUUUCAAGCAGAGAUACCGUAUUUUGAAUCCUAAUGCCAUUCCUGAGGGUCAAUUCAUUGACAACAAGAAGGCUGCUGAAAAACUGCUGGGUUCUUUGGACAUUGAUCAUAACCAGUAUAAAUUGGGGCAUACCAAGGUUUUCUUCAAGGCUGGACUGUUGGGUCAACUAGAAGAGAUGCGGGAUGACAGAUUAGCUCUGAUCAUCACUGGGAUUCAAGCUCGAUCCAGAGGUCUGCUAGCAAGGGUUGAGUUCCAGAAGAUCGUUGAAAGGAGGGAUUCACUUCUUGUGAUCCAGUGGAACAUUCGUGCCUUCAUGGGGGUCAAGAAUUGGCCUUGGAUGAAGCUGUACUUUAAGAUCAAACCUCUACUGAGAUCUGCAGAGGCAGAGAAAGAGAUGGCCAAUAUGAAAGAAGAGUUUACCAAGCUGAAAGAGGCUUUUGCAAAAUCUGAAGCCCGCAGGAAGGAACUGGAAGAGAAAAUGGUCUCACUUCUCCAAGAGAAGAACGACUUGCAGCUUCAAGUUCAGGCAGAACAAGAUAAUCUUGGUGAUGCUGAAGAAAGAUGUGAAGGACUCAUAAAGAGUAAAAUUCAGCUGGAGGCUAAAAUCAAAGAGCUGACUGAAAGGCUGGAAGAUGAAGAGGAGAUGAAUGCUGAACUGACUGCCAAGAAGAGAAAGCUGGAAGAUGAGUGCUCCGAGUUAAAGAAGGACAUUGAUGAUCUGGAGCUAACUCUGGCUAAAGUGGAGAAGGAGAAACACGCCACUGAGAACAAGGUGAAGAACCUGACAGAGGAGAUGGCUGCUUUGGAUGAAAUCAUCGCCAAGCUUACCAAGGAGAAGAAAGCUUUACAAGAAGCUCAUCAGCAAACGCUGGAUGACCUGCAGAGUGAAGAAGACAAAGUCAACACUCUGACCAAGGCCAAAGCUAAGCUGGAGCAACAAGUGGACGAUCUUGAGGGGUCCCUAGAACAGGAGAAGAAAAUCCGGAUGGACCUUGAAAGAGCAAAGAGGAAGCUUGAGGGGGACCUAAAGUUGGCCCAAGAAAGUGUCAUGGAUCUAGAAAACGACAAGCAGCAACUCGAAGAGAGACUGAAAAAGAAAGAUUUUGAAAUCAGUCAACUUAAUGGUAAAAUAGAAGAUGAACAGGCAAUGUGUGCCCAACUCCAGAAAAAGCUCAAAGAGCUGCAGGCUCGCAUUGAAGAACUUGAGGAAGAACUGGAGGCUGAGCGAGCUGCUCGAGCCAAAGUGGAGAAGCAAAGAGCAGACUUGGCUCGGGAGCUGGAGGAGAUCAGUGAGAGGCUGGAGGAGGCUGGAGGAGCCACAGCUGCUCAGAUCGAGAUGAACAAGAAGAGGGAGGCCGAGUUCCAGAAGCUCCGCAGAGACCUUGAAGAGGCCACUCUGCACCAUGAAUCCACAACUGCAAGCCUCAGAAAGAAACAAGCAGACAGUGUGGCUGACCUGGGAGAGCAGAUUGACAACCUGCAGAGAGUCAAGCAGAAACUGGAGAAGGAGAAGAGUGAACUCAAACUGGAGCUGGAUGAUGUGGUUUCCAACAUGGAACAGAUUGUAAAGUCUAAGAACAAUUUGGAGAAAAUGUGCAGAUCUUUGGAGGACCAGAUGAAUGAAUAUAAAACUAAAUCAGAGGAGGGACAGCGCACCAUCAAUGACUUCACAAUGCAAAAAGCUAAGCUUCAAACUGAAAAUGGGGAAUUUCAAAGGCAGCUGGAGGAGAAAGACUCCCUGGUGUCUCAACUCACCAGAGGAAAACAGUCUUACACUCAGCAGAUUGAUGACCUGAAGCGACAACUUGAAGAAGAAGUCAAGGCCAAGAACGCCUUAGCCCAUGCUGUGCAGUCAGCUCGUCAUGACUGUGAUCUCCUCAGGGAGCAGUAUGAGGAGGAGCAGGAGGCCAAGGCUGAGCUGCAGCGCAGCAUGUCCAAAGCCAACUCCGAGGUGGCUCAGUGGAGAACCAAGUACGAAACUGACGCCAUCCAGAGGACUGAGGAACUGGAAGAAGCCAAGAAGAAGCUGGCUCAGCGUCUGCAGGAGGCUGAGGAAGCUGUUGAAGCAGUGAAUGCUAAAUGUUCCUCCUUGGAGAAGACCAAACACAGACUGCAGAAUGAGAUUGAAGAUCUCAUGGUGGAUGUGGAGAGGUCAAAUGCUGCUGCUGCUGCUCUGGACAAGAAGCAGAGGAACUUUGACAAGGUCUUGGCAGAAUGGAAGCAAAAGUAUGAAGAGUCUCAAUCAGAGCUGGAAAGUUCCCAAAAGGAAGCCAGAUCUCUGAGUACUGAGCUCUUCAAACUGAAGAACUCCUAUGAAGAGGCUCUAGAACAUCUGGAGACCAUGAAAAGAGAAAACAAGAACCUACAAGAGGAAAUAUCUGACCUAACUGAGCAAAUUGGUGAGGGUGGAAAGAGCAUUCAUGAGCUUGAGAAGAUUCGCAAGCAGCUGGAACAAGAGAAGUCAGAGAUUCAGACGGCUCUGGAGGAAGCAGAGGCUUCACUGGAGCAUGAAGAGGGCAAGAUUCUCAGAGUUCAGCUCGAGUUUAACCAAAUCAAAGCAGACAUGGAGCGUAAGAUAGCUGAGAAAGAUGAAGAGAUGGAACAAGCCAAGAGAAACCAGCAGAGAGUUGUAGAUACCCUGCAGAGUUCUCUGGAGGCUGAAACUCGAAGCAGGAAUGAAGCUCUUCGUAUUAAAAAGAAGAUGGAGGGAGACCUCAACGAAAUGGAGAUCCAGCUCAGCCAAGCCAACAGGCAGGCAGCUGAAGCCCAGAAACAGCUGAAGGCUGUCCAUGCUCAUCUGAAGGAUUCCCAGUUGCAGCUUGAUGAGUCUCUGCGAGCCAAUGAUGACAUGAAAGAGAACAUAGCCAUUGUUGAGAGACGCAACACCUUGCUUCUAGCUGAAGUGGAGGAGCUGAGAGCUGCUCUGGAGCAAACUGAGAGGAGCCGCAAACUGGCCGAGCAAGAGCUGCUGGAUGUCAGUGAGAGGGUGCAGCUGCUGCACUCACAGAACACAAGUCUGCUGAACCACAAGAAGAAGCUGGAGUCUGAUACAGUGCAGCUUCAAACCGAAGUGGAGGAGGCGGUGCAGGAGUGCAGGAAUGCUGAAGAGAAGGCCAAAAAGGCCAUCACUGAUGCCGCCAUGAUGGCAGAGGAACUGAAGAAAGAGCAGGACACCAGCGCUCACCUGGAGCGCAUGAAGAAGAACAUGGAACAAACCAUCAAAGACCUGCAGCACCGUCUGGAUGAAGCUGAGCAGAUCGCCAUGAAGGGAGGAAAGAAAAUGGUGCAAAAGCUUGAGGCCAGGAUCAGAGAGCUGGAAAAUGAGAUAGAGGCUGAACAAAGAAAGUCCAGUGACUCCAUUAAGGGAGUACGAAAGUAUGAGAGACGGAUCAAGGAGCUGACCUAUCAGACUGAGGAAGAUCGUAAGAACCUUGCCAGGCUGCAAGACCUGGUGGAUAAGCUGCAGCUGAAAGUCAAAUCCUACAAGAAAGCUGCAGAGGAAGCUGAGGAACAGGCCAACACCAACCUCACUAAGUUCCGCAAGCUUCAACAUGAGCUUGAUGAGGCUGAGGAGAGAGCAGACAUCGCCGAGUCUCAGGUCAACAAGCUGCGUGCCAAGAGCCGCGAUGUGGGGUCAAAGAAAGGACAUGAAGAAGAGUGAAAGAGGGGAAAUGAAUGACUCUCUCCGAGGCACCUAAUGUCCUGUUCAUGUGUCUCUCUAUGCAUGUUGUGUGUGUAGUAGAAUUAAAUGAAUCUGCAUCUCAAA